UACCCGCAUGCAGACCCUCCAGGUGGACUCGGUGCAGCGCUGGAUGGAGGAUCUGCGCCACAUGACGGAGGUGGAGUGCAUGUGCGUCCUGCAGGCCAAGCCCAUCGGGGUGGAGGAGGACGCCCAGCAGGGGGAGCUGAUCGUGGCCUCGGGGGUCGGGGGAGGCGACCAAGUGGCGAGGAACAACCUGCAGACGCUGCUGCGCCGGGCGCUGGUGGUCAGCACGGAGCUGGGGAAGAUGUUCCAGCGGCUAGAGAAGGGUCGCUGGCAGAGGGUCCACAGCACGGCGGUCAGGGCCAACUGCCACGUGCGCUCGCUGGUGCACGAGUACAGCGCCGCCCGAAACACACCGCCUGAGAUGCAGAAGUAUGAGAAAUCUCUGCUGGACAAGUGUAUGGAGCUGACCAAUAUCACGGAGAGGUGCCUUCACACCGAUGAUGAGUUCUUCCUGAAGUCGAUGAGGGAGGCGAUCCACGAGAUCCUCACCGACGUCAGCGACUCCUUCAGCAACAUGAUCGACAUGGCUUUAGCCAACGAGAUCCGGCUCCUGAUCAAACAGAUCGACUCCUCGGACAGCGUGCACACCAUCGGCAGCGCCAUCAGCAACCUGCUGUCGCUCACACAGGACGGCCCGCAGCUCUGCAGCAUCAUCGCCAAGGAAGGAGCCGUGGUGUCCCUGUUUAAGAUCUGCAGGCAGGACCGCUUCAGAGAUCUGUACGCUCACGCUCUGAGGACGGUGGCCUCCAUCUGCUGCGUGGAGGAGGGCAUCAACCAGCUGGACAAG